GCAACUACAACAAAUAAUGGAUCAACCACAACUAUACCUGACACCGCAACAACUAUUGAUGCAACUACAACUUUGGCAUUCACAAACACUGGUUUAACAUCUUCAAGUAUUGCACCAACAUCAACAACUGAUGCAGCAACCACAACCCUGUCUGACACCACAAAAACCUUUGAACCAACAACUUUGGCUUCCACAACCACCCCUCCAACAUCCUCAACCUUAGCACCAGCGUCAGCAACUGAUGCAUCAACCACAACUCUGUCUGACAACACAAAAAGUAUUAAUGCAAUAACAACUUUGGCUUCAACAACCAUGCCUCCAAAAUCAACAACUGAAGCAGCAACCAUAAACAUGCAUUUCUCCACAAAAACUAUUGAUGCAACAACAACUUUGGCUUCCACAACCAUGUCUUCAACAUCCUCAACCGCAGCAUCAACAUUGACAACUGAUUCAGCAACAACAACUUUGACUGACACGACAACAAUUAUUGACUCAACAAAUUUGGCUUCCACAAAUACUCAUCCAACAUCCUUGUCUGUAGCUCAAAUGUCAACUACAACUGGCUCAUCAACCACAACUCUUUCUGACACCACAACAACUACUGAUGCUACAAUGACUUUGGCAUCAACAACCACCCCUCCAACAUCAACAACUGAUGCUGCAACUGCAACUAUGCCUGACACCACAAUAAGUAUUGAUGCAACAACAAAUUUGGCUUCCACAACCACCCCUCCAAAAUCCUCAACUGCAGUACCAAUGACAACAACUGAUGCACAAACCACUGCUAUGCCUGACUCCAAAAAAACUACUGAUGCAUCAACAACUUUGGAUUCCAUAAUCACCACUCCAACAUCGACAACUGAUGCAACCACCACCACUUUGACUGAAACCACAACUGUUCACGCAACAACAAAUUUUGCUUCUACAACUACCACUACAACAUCCUCAACUGCAGCACCAAAUUUAACAACAGCUGAUGCAUCUACCAAAAGUAUGCCUGACACAACAACACCUACUGAUACAACAAUAACUUUGGCUUCCACAACCACCCUUCCAACAUUCUCAACUAUGGCAUCAGCGUCAACUACUGAUGCAGCAACAAAAACUAUGCCUAACACCAUAAAACUUACUCAUGCAACAACAACUUUGGCUUCAACAACCACCCUUCCAACAUACUCAACUGUAGCACAAACAUUGACAGCUCAUGCAACAACCACAACUAUGUCUGACAGCAGAACAACUAUCGAUGCAACAACAACUAUGGCUUCCACAACCACCCCUCCAACAUUCUCAACUGCAGUGCCAACGUCAACAACUGUAACACCAGUUUCAACAACUGAUGCAGCAAUCACAACUAUGUCUGACACCACAACAACUAUUGAUGCAAUAACAAUUUUGGAUUCCACAACCAAGCCAUCAACAUUGUCAGCCGCCGCAUCAGUGUUGACAUAUGAUGCAGCAACCAAAACGAUGCAUGACACCACUACAGCUGCUGUUGCAACAACAUCUUUGAUUACCACACCAACCUUUUCAACAUACUCAACUGUGGCACCAAGUACCAACGUCAACAACUGUAACACCAGUUUCAACAACUGA